AAUGUCAACUGUCAAGCCGCGUAGUGAAAUGAGCCAGGAAGAAUUGGCUGCUAAAGAGCAAGAAGAAUUUAACAUUGGACCGCUCUCAGUUCUUACACAUUCUGUUCGUAACCAUGCGCAAGUUUUGAUCAACUGCCGUAACAACAAGAAAUUGCUUGGGCGAAUUAAGGCUUUUGAUCGUCAUUGCAAUAUGGUUCUCGAAGAUGUGAAAGAAAUGUGGACAGAGCUGCCAAAGAAGGCCAAGGGCAAGAAGAAGUCGAAACCUGUGGCUCGUGACCGUUUCAUUCCGAAAUUGUUUGUUCGCGGCGACAGCGUCAUUUUGGUUCUCAAAAAUCCUUUGGCUCUUCCGGAAAAUCCAACACAAUAA